AUGCAACCGUCGAUCAAUGGCCUAGUUCUUUUCAAAUCGGAUUUGAUGGCCUCGCGGCCGCUACAGAAUAGUUCUGGGGGUGGUGUUUUAGCUAAUGACUGCGAAAUAUACCCGGCUGACAUGAUUAUUUCUGCGGAACUUCUCGAGAAGAUUGAGAGAACCGGUGCAAGAAGAUAUAUUCUUCAUCGUGAUGACAAUAGUGCUACAAAUAAUGGAAUACUGGUUUGGAUAUUCAACCCAGACAUCCGCUAUUCAUAUCUCGACAGCGAUGUCUCCAAUGGCUCUCCUAGCGGCGGCAACGAAUGCAAGAAUAAUGACUUAGCAACAAGCGCCCAGCGAGCUUUGAAGUUAUUUUAUCAGCACACUAGCGAUAUCCAGACACUGUUGAACCCGGAAAGCGGUACCCCAUCCUCGGCGUCCUUGGAGGAGCUUCCACUCCCAGCACACAUUUAUGAACAGACAGAAAGUCUACUAAACAGCAGGACUACGUUGCUCCCGGAGUCAGCACGAAAGUUUAGGGAGUGGACGGUAGGCUUAUUCCAUGUUUUUGAAGAGCCAUAUUCCUCUGAAUAG